UGGAGUGUAGGUGAACUGCGGGGAUGUUUACUUGGCUACGUGCACACGUCAAAGCGCACACAUCGUAUCCCGGCAUGCAGCAGGAGGCCGUCGAGAGAGCCAGCAGCUGGUAGUGAGUUGCUAGAGCGCCCAGCAGGCAGCAGCCAACGGUCAACACAGAGCACACGUCUCCAUGUGAGCAGACCGAGCCGUCCACCUUACAGGCGACAGAGCAGAAUGCCGUUCGGACCGACGUGUCACCGCGGCGGCUUCUGAGUCCUCACCGUCACCAGGUUUUCCUUUCGGAGGAUUCCUCCCUCCAUCCUCCGGAUCGCACCGAACAGGCAAUGACAACGGUCUCGGCUACCCCGCAGCAGAUGAGGGACCGGCUGCUGCAGGCCGUCGACAGUCACAGCAAUAUAUCCAAUAUGGUGGCUGUAUUGGAGGUAAUUACCGGUCUUGAAAAGUAUCCUAUCACCAAAGAAGCACUUGAGGAAACUCGACUUGGAAAAUUGAUAAAUGAUGUAAGGAAGAAGACCAAGAAUGAAGAUCUUGCUAAGCGUGCUAAGAAACUCUUAAGGGCAUGGCAAAAGCUGAUUGAACCUGGGCCAGCGGUGGCUGCCAGUGCCCCUGGCUCUACCAAUGGCAGUUCCCAUCCCUGCAGAACAGAUGCCUCUCCUCCUGACAUUUCUGUGUCCGGGAAGGGUGUCCCUGAAGUCAAAAUCAGAAACGAUGUUCACAACACAUACUCGCCAAAAGCAGAGAAAUCAGGCAGCCGCAAACGACGAGCAGAGAACAGAGACAGUGGAGUGCACUUACCAGAAAAAAUCUCCAAGAUGUCUUCUUUCGAUGUCUCUGUUUCCCCACCACCCACCAAUGGGAUUGCAGGCAGUCCUGAUGCCCCGCCUGACCAGCAAGUCGUCUCGUCUCCUGACAGAUCUCGGAUAGAGCAUCUUGAUAAUGAUAAAAUCAACAGAAUUCCGGUUAAUGCUGUCAAGCCUCGUCCUAGCUCCCCUGGAGUGGCCAAACUACCUAGCACUUCCUCUAUGAUUAAGGUUGCUGUGAUGCAGCAACAAACCAGGUUGGAUGAAGGAGGUGGAGGGGGGUAUUAUCAAGCCAAAAGUCCGCGUGGCCUCACUUCCAGUCCAAGGAGCGUGAAGCAAGAAACGGUGACCAAGCGCUCUUCAGCAUAUGCACCAAAAGGAACACCUGUCCCAAGCCCUUCCUGUAUGGACUCUCCCCUGUCUCUGUCCCAGCCUGUAUCCUCCCCAGCCCAAGCAUCAUCCGCUGACAAGCUGCCAAACUCUACUCAUAGGUCUUCAAUGCACUGGACCAGUUUGUCAGAAGUCCCUUCUCAUUGUCCACCACAAGACAUAUCUUCAACACUGGAAUCCCCAUCCAUCUCCCCUUCACCCUCUCAUUCACAACAUAACUCAGAACUACACAGACCAACAUCUGAGGGGGCCAUGCCUGUGUCUGAGGACACGGACGCAACAAUGGUUCCCAACUUGGAGCAUAAAAGGAGGAAGUACAGGUCGAGAGACUACUCUGUCAACCUAGAUGGCCAGAAAAUAGAGGACACGACUAAACCUGUACGGUUAAAAGAACGUAGAUUAACAUUUGAUCCUGUCACAGGUCAGAUCAAACAUCUGGUACUUAGAGAGCCUUCUCAAACAGAGGAAGUCUCCACUCCAGACGUUGCUGCGUCUAGGCAGAGAACUGAAAUCACUGUACAACAGCCCGCUGCUCCAACCCCAGUCCCAUCCUCAGUUCCAACCAUGGCCCCAAUCCCAACCCAAGCCCCAGGUCCCAGCCCUAAUCCUUUCCAUCAAACAAACUGGAAGGAACUGUCCAGAAAUGAAAUCAUCCAGUCCUACUUGAACCUUCAGAGUAAUGUGCUCACCUCUUCUGGGGUCCAGGGCCAUAGUGCACACUUUUUCAUGUCAGAGUAUCUGAAAAGGGAAGAACAGGAUAGCAAGGACUCACGGAAGAAACAUGUUCUGCAGACGGACAGCUCAGUAGGGGAUCUACCGGGGUUGAGUCGGGAGGUGACGGACGCGGACCUGGACAGAGUUCAUACACAGCACUGGCAGGGGGUGAAUGGUUGCCAUGACACCAUGGGCACCUGGUAUGAUUGGACAGAGUGCAUAUCAUUGGACCCGCAUGGGGAUGAAAGCAAAUUGAACAUCCUGCCAUAUGUUUGCCUAGACUGAGGGGUUUGGGAAGGCUGCUGUCUUGUUCCACUCCUUUCCUUUGUCUCCCCAAAGAGACGAGAUGCUUUGUGGUUUGUCCACUGUGAGUUUGGCAAAAACCAGGCCUGCUAAACUCCCUCCCCCAUGCCUCCUCCUCUUUCUGUGAUAAUCUAAUUACAUUUUGGUAUAAAAAGAGUAAAGAUUAAAAUAAUAGUUAAGUUUGUAAUACCAAGGGCUGUUUCUGUUUUAUUUUUCAAACUGAAAGCCACAGGAAUGACGAGGCCCUAGUUGCAGUGUGCUGAUACUAACACUGAAGGCCAGAAAGAGAGGACAGAACUAUCCCAGACAACUAGAAAUGGUGUUAUGAUGUGAAUUUCUGAUGUUCUGAAUCGUACCUCUAUUUCAGUCUUACUGGGAUGGUACCGUUAUUAUUAUUCUUUUUUUUUUUUUUUUUUUUUUUUUUUUUUUUAAACCUGUCUAGUUUCGUAUGAGGAUAUUCCAAUCUAGGGUUACGUUUGAGGAAAGGCCGGGGUUUAGCUGUCCUGUCCAGACUGCCAUGUUGGUGCCCAGUAAGGUGUUGAAAGAGUUCAUCUAGCACAGUUAGAGCCGAACAUGUCCAGAGUAUGAAAUACUGGAUCAUAUUUGGAAGUUACAAGAAGCUUUAUGUGAGAUAUAAAGAGUAAAUUAUAAAUUUCUUAUCAUGUAUACAUCUAUUUAUUUUGACCAGUUCAUCAAUGGGACGUUCAGAAACCAUUAGAUCUGUUAUUUGUUUUUUCCUGUUAGCAUCACAAUGCUGUCUAAUCUUCAAUGUUAAAGGGGCAUACAAAUAUUUUUGCUUGGUCUUACUUUAAGACUGGUCAAUGCAUUUGGUCAUUAACAUUCCAUACUCCACCCUUCAUCCUCUUUCUCUCUCUCUCUCACUCAACACACACCUCCUGUGCGACCAUCCCAUCUCCGUUCUCAAUAAGAAAUUUAUUCAGAAAAAUGUUUUGGUUUCAAAAUGGUUUAAUCAUUAAUAUUGCGGUGCUUAUUUAAAAAGAAUUAAUCUAAAAACUCUUCACAAAUUCUCCCCUAAGCUUAAGAUAUUAAAUAAUGUCAAAUUUGAUGGUGCUGAUUAUUAAUUGCAUUUAGAGACAAAAUCAAGGAGAUAUUUGAACGCUGGGACUCACUUUGUUUCCUUUCCUUUUUAUAUCGUUUGCCUUCUAGAUUCCCAUCACAAUGUUUUUGUGAGUCGAACGGCCUUAGUGAAUGUACGGGAUUGAGACCUCUUAUGCACUUGUUCAUAAGUUGACAACUUGUUGGUCAUUUCAUCAUUGACCGAAUUCAAAUGUGAGUAGUGACUGAUGCUCCCACAAGCUAUUUGCCCACAGUUUAUUCAGAGUUUAAGACGCCUUAAAAGUUUUUGCAGCUGAUUUCGAGAGUUUACAAAACAUUUAGGAUGCCGUUUGAGGAGCAUUUCUUUUUGCUUCCUUUAAUUCAAUACAUCAAACCUAUACUAGUGAGAGAGAGCAAGCUGUGUGCAUCAGAUAUUUCUGGCAUUUUCCAUGUACCGACUAAUACUUACUUUAGAUUUCCCUUUAUACUUAUCAGUCACUACCACUUUUUCUCACAUGACUUAAUUUGAGAUUGGCUUCUGCGCAGCCUCUGUCUAUUCAUUCUUUCAGUCAUUCAUCCCUACCAAUGUGCCUUGGUAAAUGGUUAAUCUGGAUUUGCUUCCGCAUAAAUCACGCCUGUCUGUGGAGUUGCAAGAAUUGCAAAUCCCCAGGAUCAAUAUGACGCUGGUAUAUGCACCGUUUCUGUUACUUUUUGUAUACACUGAUCCAGAGAGGGUGAAGCUGCAGACUGAGAAACUGCACAACAACGCAGCUGGCAAUAAAGGAAAAGUGCUACAACUGGUUGAUUAAAAAAAAAAAUCUGUUUUCUGGAGUUUUGACUGGGGCAUCCUUAUUUGUUCAGUGUUUAACAUCUCUACAUUGUUUGAAAAUAAAAUGAUCUAAAUCUUCAGCGCAGUCGACUAAGUCGUGGGUCUUUUACGGUGCCUCUUGUGUUCAAACACCUUGGAUCAUGUUGCCCCUUUGAAACUAAAUGGUCAGUCUGAGCUCUGUGUACUUCUGCCUUUUGUUUUGAACUUCACUGUUGAAGUUUCAUUAUGCUGUAAUUGCACAGUUCAUCCAUGUGGGGGUGCGCUUUGUCCAUUUGUCUCCUUUGUCUGCAUCAGUGUGGGAUGGUACGAGUAACUUCAGCUGAGUGUGAAUUUAUUGAUCGGAGUUCUCGUUUUUCAAGGCCCACAAAGAAUAAAUGGCCCUCUAUUUUUUAAA